AUGCAAGGCUGUGAGCGAAUUAAUCUUCAAGUCCGAUGUAGCCUGGUGAUGCCCUCAUCCUCCACAGCUACAGAGAUUAACUCCUCACCGACCCCUGCGUCCAAUGUCCAACUCAACACCUGCGCGCCAACCUCAAUUUCCAGCUUCGAUAGCCUUUUUGAUGAGGAGCCGAAGCCCGCUACAGUCUCCUCUAUUGAAGAUUACGAAGCUCUAGCAGAUAGUUGCUUCGAUAAUGAUCAGUCGCUCUUCAUGGGACAGCUAGCUGGAAUCCCAGACGAGCGCCAUGAUGCGAGUGGAGAGGAAGACUACCAUCCCGAUGAUGAUGAGUUAGCCCGGAUGAUAGAAGAAGAGCUCGCCCGAUGA